AGAAGGGGGGAAAGGGAGAGGAGUGAAGGAACAGAUGGAUGAGUGUGGAUUAAGACAAAUCUGAGUGGGUUUCUGACAGAAAGCCACCCAAGAGAAACAGAGGAAGAAGAAGAUGAUGAGAAGGAGAAAAGUGGCAAAAGAAGGAGAGAAGGAGACAGGAGACAGCAUGAAAGUCAAGGAGGUCCUAUCAUAAGAUGCAAAUGGAUGCAUGCAGGAUCCCAGGGGAUUAAAGAGAUGCACCUAUCUUGAAGUUCUUAACUCAUAUCUUUAAGGAUUACAAAGGAAUGAGAGGUAGUAGACUGAAGACGUGGGAAUAAUCAGUUUGGUAGAACUCUCUAAUCUUUCCAAGAACCCUAAGAAGGUGGAGUGGGAAUAAUGCAUGAAAACUGAAGGAAAAGCUGUCUCUAUACGGACAGACAAGGGAUUAUGAAAGUGGAUCUGGAACAUGCUGUCUGGGACAGAACUCAAGGGAAACUAGGAUGAUGGAAUAGCUAUGAACUUGGUCCACUUUCUUUUUUAUUUAUUUAUUUUUUUCCCCCACAUUGCCAUCAUGCCUCCUCACAUUGUUUCGACACCACUUCUCAGCAAAGCUGAACCCAUCACUUCCCAAGCGGGCCCCACCCAAUGACUGGACAACUUUUUUAACCUCUUGGGUAACCAAUAUCGGAUAGAUAAUUCGGCAUCAGGACGCCCUUUGGCCUGAGCCAAAGUGGACUGCUGUGUCAAUGGGAAUCUCUCGGCCCGACCCAUACAUCUGUCUCUCUAUCCAUCCAUCCCUCUCCUCCAACUCUGCUUAAAUCCCUUCUUUAUCUUCCACUGCUUCGCCGACCUUUGACCCUAUGUUCUAUCUCUUCAUUCCCCCUUCUUUGCUCUGUUUGGCUAUAGCUGUCUUCUUACCCUCAUCUCAUCUGUUCCCGCAAUCCUCUCCUUAUAGCGCAUAAUCCAUCCAUACGAUACGAUUGGCCCUCUGUCUCUCUCUUAUACACACACACACACACACACACACACACACACACACACACACACACACACACAAAAACAAAUCAACAUCAAUAAAGGGUUCACCAUUUUACCCAUAUUGCACAACCUCUUCUGUAAACCUUUGUUGUCUUAGUCCUUUUCUUUGUCUACUGUUUAAUCGCCCCUGUGUCUGUGUCUGUUCGGUCAUUCACUGUCGCUGGGUGUCACCAUGUUGGAGCACAUGUCUCGCCGGUCUCGCUCACUCCUGUCCCUCUCGCUGACCUCUCUGGCCCUGGCGUUGUCGGUGUUGGCCUUCUCUACCUCCUACUGGUGCACAGGGACGCACAAGGUGGUCAAGCCUCCGUGCCUGUCUCCCGUCAAGAUGAAGAACUGUGGACAGAACAACAGCCAACCCUACACCACUGAAAGUCCUACAGUUGACCCACGCAAGCCUGUCUCCAACAUCACGCUAACCUCAAGCCAGAAGGAGGAGCAGGCGCGAAUACGGGCCAGGAAGAUGGCCAACGCCGUGCACUACAUCUGGGAGACGGGCGAGGACAAGUACAUGUUGCGCUAUUUCCACACCGGCUUCUGGCUCUCCUGCGAGAAACACAAUGAAGGGGAGGUCUGUCGGAGUUUCAUUGAGCUGACACCAGGAGAGACACAAGGUGUGCUGUGGCUUUCUAUGAUCUCUGAGUUUGCGUACAUCGGACUGCUGGCCAUGGGCUUCCUAAUGAUGUGGGUGGAGGUCUGCUGUCUCUGUCUCAGUAAGGAGAUGUAUGCCCUGAAGAUCAACGCCUUUGCAGCCAUGUGCACCGUCCUGUCAGGUUUGAUGGGUAUGGUGGCCCAUAUGAUGUACACCACAGUGUUCCAGAUGACCGUGAGCAUGGGGCCUAAAGACUGGCGGCCACAGGAGUGGGACUACGGCUGGUCUUUUGCCAUGGCCUGGCUGUCUUUCAGCUGUUGCAUGGCCGCGGCUGUCUUCACGCUCAACUCCUACACCAAGACUUUGAUCGAGAUCCGGCACCGGCAGCGCAUCCAAUUGGAGGAGGCCCGCGCCGCAAGCCACGCCCCCUCCUACGAUGAGGUCAUUACAGAAACUGACGGUGGCGGCGGCAGCAUGUACUCCGUCAACCGCCUGCUGCAUCAGGCCCAGCAGAGCACGCUGAUGGAGAAUAUUUGGCCCCCCCACGCCGCGCUGGUGAUGGGCCCGGGGGGGCACAUGGCCCGCGGGGGGAUGGUGCUGGUCGGGGGGUGCGGGACGGAGGGAUGCGAGGACUGCGUGAGGGAGAUGGACGAGAUGGAGGACGCACAGGAGGAGGAGUACGACGACACGACGAAGAAGAAGAAGAAGAAGAAGGAGAGAGGGAAGAUGAUCUCUGCUGAGGAGAGAAGAGAUGAGACGAGAUGAGAAAAGGGGAGA